GUCUCUCCCCCGUCUCCCCCCCCCGUCUCCCCCGGCCCCGUGGUAUCGCCGUGGCGUGGGAGAAGCGGUCGGAGCGCGGCCCUGCGGGCGCCCCUCGCGUUCCUCCCCGUAGGGGCCCGGGCCCCGGUGUUGACUGUGUCCGUCCCUCUCCGCAGCGCCUGCAGCCCGAGAUCCUCCGUGUCCCGGGGCUACUGCCAGCGUCCUCCGCGGCCGCCGGUCUCAUCCGUGCCGGGAGGACGGCGUUUCCCGGAGCGAUGGGAACUCUGCCAUAAGGACGGGCGAGCCUCGGGCGGAGCCAUGGCGGAGCCCCACAGGGUGUCUUUCACCACCCUCCACGGCCCCUUGAGCGGCAGCUUCCUGAAGAGGUCUCGGAAAGAUGAUGGCGAGCAGCCGCAGGAUGCCGAGGCAGCCGCGACGGCCGUGCGAAUCACCCUGACCCUCUUCGAGCCAGAUCACAAACGCUGUCCAGAGUUUUUCUACCCGGACCUUCUCAAGAGUUGCCGAGGGAAAAUAAAAGGUGGUACCUCGGGAGACAAGAAGAAAGACCUCGCUGAUCCCUUUAAUGAUGACGAAAAGGAAAGGCAUAAAGUGGAGGCUCUUGCCAGGAAGUUUGAAGAAAAAUACGGCAGCAAGAGACGUAGAAAGGACCGUGUUCAGGACUUGGUUGACAUGGGGUAUGGAUACGAUGAAUCUGAUUCCUUCAUCGAUAAUUCUGAAGCUUAUGAUGAGCUUGUUCCAGCUUCUCUUACUACAAAGUAUGGAGGCUUUUACAUCAACUCAGGAACACUGCAGUUCCGGCAGGCAUCUGAAUCUGAAGAUGACUAUGUUAAAGAGAAGAAGAAGAAGUGUCCCAAGAAGCGGAAGCUGAAAGAUGGAGGGGAAAAAAUGAAGAAGAAGAAGAAAGAUGAUUCUUAUGACAAGGAAAAGAAGUCCAAGAAGUCCAAAUUUCCAAAAGCUGGCUUUACAGCAUUAAAUGCAAGUAAAGAGAAGAAGAAGAAGAAAUACUCUGGCACCCUCAGUGUCAAGGAGAUGCUGAAGAAGUUUCAGAAGGAGAAGGAUGCUCAGAAGAAAAAAGAUGAAGAGCAGAAAGUGGCUACUCCUUCACCAGCAGAACCUCUGGCUCCAAGGGAGGCGGAGGCGAUGCCCGACCCUUUGCUCUCCCUUUUUGGUCAUGCCAGUGAUAAUGAUCUGCUUCAGGCAGUGACAGCUGUGGACUCAUUAACAGACCUAGACCUGGAGCGGCUCCUCAGUGAAUCCCCAGAAGGGAGUCCCUUCCCUGAUGGGGAGGAUGGGAGUGAUCCUAUUGGGAUGGGCUUGGAACAGGAUGUCAGGCCACCACCAUCCCUCCCUGAAGGCCUGCCAGCCCCUCUGGAGAAACGCAUCAAAGAGCUGGCUCAGGCUGCCAGAGCUGCAGAGGGAGAAGGCAAACAGAGAUUCUUCACUCAGGAUAUCAACAACAUCAUACUGGACAUAGAACUGCAGACCCGGGAGCUGAACAGCCAGAUACGGUCAGGGGUGUAUGCCCACCUGGCUGCUUUCUUCCCAUGCAGUAAGGACACUCUGGUCAAGCGUGCCCGCAAGCUUUACCUCUGUGAGCAGGGUGGCCGAUGGAAGGAACCUCUGCAGAAGCUCAAGGAAGCCAUUGGAAGGGUCAUGCCAGAGCAGAUGGCCAAGUACCAGGAGGAAUGCCAAGCCCAUACUCAGGCCAAGUUUGCCAAGAUGCUGGAAGAGGAAAAGGACAAAGAACAGCGAGACCGAGUUUGUUCCGAUGAUGAGGAGGAUGAAGAAAAGGGAGGGAAGCGUGUCAUGGGACCGCGAAAGAAAUUUCAGUGGAAUGAUGAAAUCAGGGAGCUGCUUUGCCACUUGGUGAAGAUUAAGUUGGAUGGUUUUGACCUUGACAAGAAUAAGGCUCAGUCUCUUGAGGAUUAUGUGAAGACCUUCCUAGAUGGAGAGGUGAAGCCCCUUUGGCCCAAAGGCUGGAUGCAGGCCAGGACACUGUUUAAGGAGAGCAGGCGUGUACAUGGACACCUCACAUCAGUCCUGACGAAGAAGAAAGUUAUAGCUCCUACUAAGGUGAAAGUGAAGGAAACUUCCUGUAAGCCAGAGAAAAAGGUGUCAGUUUCUGUUCCUUCAAUGCACACAAGCAGCACCUUGGCUCUGUCUUCAGAGCCCCAGGGAGGAGCUCUGGGCAUCAGUGCCCAAACCAGAGACCUCUUGUCCUUUGCAACAGCCCAAGCAGCCAGCAGUACUGGUGCUUCUGCUACCUUCAUGGAUGACUCCUUGGAUGAAGACUUAAUUCAUAAUCCCACUUCCUCCCUUGAAGCAGUCUCAAAGGAAUUGACUGUGCUGAACAGCAGAGCAGGAGGAAGCCCUGACUUUACUCUUCCUGGAGCUCCAAAAGCUCCACCAGAGAAGAUCUCAAAUCUUGCGUCCUCAGAGGAGAAGAGGACGUGUCCGAAGUCCAACCCUUUCCCUACAUCAUCCUCUGGUUCCCUCCAGUCUCCUCUAAAUUUCCUGGCUGAGCAGGCCCUGGCAUUGGGCCAAUCUUCUCAAGACAAAAAGACAGAGAACUCUAAUUACAAAGAGCUCUCCUGCCAAGCCUCCCCCAGCAAAAUCCUUCCUGAUGCACACCAGGCAAAGCAGAAACACCACAGCCUGGUCCGGCCAAGCCACGGGCCUCAGACCUCCACCCCAGUGCCAGUUUCUCAAGCAAAGGUCUUUCACUCAGGCAGCCAACUACAGAAAAACUUCACCUCCCCAACUCCGUUUGUCAAACUGCAGAAUCCCAAGUCCUCCCCGCUGCCCCAGCGCUCCCUCAUCCAGCAGGUCAAGUCAUCAACCAAAGCUCAGAGCUCCCAUUUGUCUGCAUCACCAGGCAGCUCCCAAAACUCUAGCAGCUCCCACAAGAUCCCAGGCUCAUUGUCAUCAUCUCUCAGCUACACAGGAAAGCACUCAAGUGGCUCUAGCUCUUCAGGACAAUCUUACAAAUCGCCCUUCGUUUCUAGCUCCCUCUCUAAGCAUGGGGCUUCUUCCAGCAGCUCCUCAUCUGGACCUGCAGCAAACCAGGGCUCCUCCUCUGGAAGCUUGGUGCCAAGCAUGCAGACCCCAUCCUCAGGCCAGGUGUCCAGCCGCCCAUCCUCAAGCUCCUCGGUGAAGAAGUCGCCUGUUUCACAGAAGCUGACUCUGGUGGCACCUCCUGGAGGUUCAAAUGGAGAUUCUAGCGGGGGCACUCAAGGAGUGGCCAAAUUGCUGACCUCCUCCCUAAAGCCAGCGGUUGUUAGCAGCACCGCAUCUUCUACCUCUGUGCCGAAAGGAACUAGUGGAGCUGUGCUGCUAACAAGUUCUUCCUCCUUAAGUGUGCUGGCUCCAUCCUACAAGUCCAACAAUCCAAAGCUGCCAGCUUCCCUGAGCUCUGCCCCGUUAGGUAUUAUCUCCCCUAUUCAUUCCUUCCCUCUUCAUGUCAUCUCCUUCAGUUCAGACUCCUCCCCAAAACCAGGAGUAUCAAAAGAUGCAAUAGUUACGGGACCUGCUCCAGGAACUUUCCACCACAGCCUUGGCCACAGUCUUCUAGCUGGCUUGCACGCCAGCCCUCACCAUGCAGCGCCACUCCCACACUCUGCCCUGUCCACUCAUUUACCGCAAAGUUUGCCAGAUGCUUCUCAGCUUCAUGGCAAAGGGUCCAAUGCACAGCAGCGCAAGUUGUGACGUCUGCAAGGAGGGGAGCUAGAGCUGGGAUAAACACGAGAGGAAAAGGUCCUGAAUUUUGGAUACUGGCUGUGUCUUUUCUGUUUUUCCUCACAACAACUGGAGAGACUGAACCGCAGCAAGGAACUCAUUGGUGCAUUUGCUCAGAGGCUUUCAGAGCCAAGCCCCAUGUGAAGGGGGCCACCUUGGGCAAUGCCCUAAUGAGAGAAGCAUUUUGUAGCACUGUUUUAUUGCUGCUGCCCUCGAUGCAUUCCCUGGCACUGGCAGGAGCUAGAACCUGCAGGGAGAACCCGGGUGGCUUGGCUUUCUUGCAGUGAAUUCCCUGCCACUGGUGUCUGUAUCUGCCAAGUACCUCCGAGUCCAGUUACCUCCUUGGCCUCACAGUGGAGGGGAUGAAAGGUGCUUCUUUCUACUGCUUUGGAUUUAUUUGGAUCAUUCUAGCAUUGCCAGUGCUUUCUGAAGACGUUUGACUAACUCUGAAAUUGUACUAUAAAAUUGUGCUACAGUUACGUGGAGGACUUAACAUUUCCUGUGUGGUGAAUCUAACGAACCACCUGAUGUUCCCCUCUGGAGGAGAAGGAAGACUCGAGAUGUGUUUUUAGAUGCAGUCAUUGACUUUGAGAAUUCUAUUUCUUUUGGGUUUUGGAUUUUUUUUCCUCCUGCUCAGUUUUAUCCUCAUUAUCAUUGGAUGCAUUGGAUCGAAUGGGACACUUAUUGACGUGUCGCAUGUACAGGACAACAUAAUUCCAGUGCCUUUUGUGGUGGAGCAAGAAUGGACUAGUGACACACAUUUCAGCUCUAUUUUUUGUGCUCCUCAACCCUUUUUUGAUCUUUCAGUAUUUAAAAUGUAGUCUGUUUUAUUUAAUAGAGCUUUUUAUGGUUGCACAUCAAAAAAAAAAAAAGCUGCACUCUCUGGACUUCAGUGGUGUCUUGGUGACUGCGAACACAGUACCAAACGCAGAAGGAGCACCAGUUCUUGUCUGAGUUUGUGCAGGCGGGUUCCAGACCCUUCCCUAAAGCCAUUCUUUCCUAGAGUCGUCAGUUAUGAUCUCUUUGGUGGGCAAAGGGAAUCAUCUAGAUAACCAAGGUUACUACUGGUCAAAUGGAUUCCAGAGAACAAUAUUGCUCUCAGCAGUGAUUUGUGCACUAGGAUUGUGUUCUUGUCGCAGCUGUGGAGUGGGGACCAGCUAGAAUUGGGGGGCUCUCUGCUGUUUUAGUCUUUUAACUCUUAGACCUAAACAUUUCUCGUGAGCUUGCUCUUUUGGUCUGUGGUCAGUGAAGGGCAGGCUGUGGUUCCAGCUCAGCUGUGUUUGAUUUCCUGCACUUCCCCCAGGCUGCCUUUCCUCAGGCCUGCAUGGGUACAGCUGAGUCGUGCUCGGGUAGAGCUGACCCACACAAACUUCACUGGUAUUGCAAGCAAAAGCUUGCAGCCUUCCUUCUUGAGCUUUGGGGAAGGAUGCUGACACUGAGGAUACCAGCAAAUACCUGCUUUACUUUUCCCCAUUUCUAGUAAGAUCCAAGCCAGGCUGUUUCAAUCUGAGCUGACACAGAACUUCCCAAGGUCAGGGCUUUGUCUGAAUUAAAAGGAAAAAAAAAAAAACAAACGCAGUUCAGAUUUACAGUUUGUUUACAGGAAAUCCUUAGGUUGUAGCGAAAGAGCCAAAGACAGAACUUGUGUUGUUGAAACUAAGCACAGCAGUGGUGGAUAGACUCUGAGUAGUGGAUGUCACGUGGUUGAAGACCUAAUCCUGAGAGGUGCUUUGCACCUUCAACUUCCCUUGGUCACUGAAAGCACGUUGGAGCACCUGGCAGGACAGUGCCUCUCAGCGAGUGACUCAAGGUACUGGUUCUACUCCCUCUGUUUGCUUUCACUUGAAUGCUUCUGCUGGGAAGCACCUGUGUGCGUGGCCAGAGCAGAAUGCUCUCCUUCUAGGAAUUUUGCGAAGCCUCUUGCCUCAGGGAAAUGUUUAUUUGUUGGAAAUUCUGUGGGAUGAUUUUUUCUUUACAUGCUACGACGAGUGAGUGAGUGGUAGGAGCAGGCGCAGCAAGGCAGAACCACGCAGAGACCCGGCAGCAAAUGGGGAGCCUGGAGUCUGGCAUCUCUGCCUUGGUGAGGCAACUUGCAAUGCUUUUGUGAUGGUGUAGGGAGGCGAGGCUCCCAUGGCACUGACUGAGGAUGGCAGUUCCUUUUGGGUGUGUGAGCUGCGGUUUCCUAUUCUAUUUUGUUGUGUUUGGGGGGACUGUCUUGCUGAAGAUGGUGGGGGCGAUGUGAAAACUGUUACUCUUGUACAGAACAACUGAAUAAAUUGUUUCAAAGUUUGCAAAAUGCUCUUUUCCAUCUCUUUGCCUAUCCUUCCAUGACCUUGCUUUCAAGAAUUUGUCUUUCAGCUUAGAUGAUCACCUCUCGAUCAUCUUGUGUCUCGAGUGAGUAAUGAAUUGUAUACUCUUUUUUCAUUGAAGACUGAGAUGUGGUAAGUGAACUCCAGCUCUAUUUCUAGCCACGGUGGCGGCAGAAUUGCACAUUCUCAUUCCACGUGCUGCUGCUGAUGCUUGAAGUUGACAUCUGUCUGCUAGAAAGGACUUGUGGGGCCUGGACCCUGGAGUGACGGUGUGAUCCUGCGGGCUCCUUUCAUUCACAAAGGUGAGCGAAUGGUGUUAAUUCCCAAAGCCAGGAUAUAUACGCAGUGAAUGCUUAUGGCUGCCUUUGCUGAUUGCAAGUGUUACUGGGGUUCAGGAAUUUGGGAGAAAGGAAUUGAAUGUGCCCUGUGUGUGGAAGCCCCCGGUACAUCCCAGUGUAAUUCCAUGUUCUCCUGCAGUUGCACUCCUGUUUGUUAGUUCACUCCCAUCUACAGCUGCUAAUUAGUCCCAGCUCUAAUCUGCUCCAGCAAUUUCCCCCAUGGAAAGGAGUCAACAGUUAAAAUGAACAGCUUUGAUUCUGAAAUGGCAUCUUUCUGCAAAGCUGGAGAUGAAGAGACUGCUCUAAUUAAUAAAGAAAAAACAGCUUCUGAUUGGAACCACUGCAUUUUUAUUUUGUACUAUAAAUAGAAUCCCCCUCUAUUUCCCAUUCCCUUACACAAGUAAAUGAAACCUUUAGCUGCAUGUAACUCCAUCCAGUAAAAUAUCAGCACAGAUGGCUUUUAGCCGUGAGGUAAGCUAGCGGUGUUUGGAAGGCACUCUGCGCUCGGUUACAGUUGCAUGCUUUACACUACCCUCUUAUGUUUGGCAGCGCUGCCAUCUCUUCAUGUACUUCUUGGUGACCUCUGUGGUGUAUGAAUGCUCCUCCUGGAUCUGCGGCUGCUGCUGUCAAAUGACAUCUGCUUCACUCUUCCCCAGUAGUGCAGGCAUGUAGGUGAACCAAAUGGUGAUCGAAUCUGCAGUGAUCCAGAAUGGAGAUGUGUAGCACAACUUUCGUUUUUACAGAGCUGAUUUUCUCAGAGGAUGUUCCCAUCACUUACUCAGUUGUUCACGAUAACAUGCAGCUGACUUAACCACCCACUGCUGGUCACCUCGGAGUCAUCUUGACCUUCAAUCUCUCUCAUGACUGUGGUAUACAGCUUUUAAUGACACUGCAUGAGUAUAUGUUGCGGAAACUGUGGGUUCUACUGAGUCUUUGGACUUAAAAUACUUCACUGUCCUGAGGCUUUUUGUCUUGGUUUUUGUUAGGUUGGGUGGUUAGGUGGAGAUGAGGAGAGGGAGAAGGUUUUGCUGUAGUCCUGAUGUGUUCUCCAUAACUGUUGGUGCUUUUCUGCAGUGUAUGACAGCAAGCAGCAUGGCUUUGUAGCAUGGCUGGGGCAGAGUCUAGCAUUUCAGAAGGCACAAAGGAGGGUAAGGACUUGCAGUGAUCUGUAGGUAACGAGUAGAGCAGCUCUGAUUGGCAGCUCUUAAGAAAAGUUUCUAAAGCGGAGGGAGUGUGUUGUAAUUGCUUCCGGACACCAAGAC